CAGAUAUUGCUGUACCCGAAGUGGAGGAAGAUCAGGUUCUGGUCAAGGUGGUAGCUGCAGGACUUAAUCCAGUUGAUUUCAAGAGGAUGCUUGGUGCGUUCAAAUCUCCUCUACCAAUCAUUCCAGGGUAUGAUGUUGCUGGUGUGGUGGUGAAAGUGGGAAGCAAAGUGAAAAAUUACAAGGAAGGAGACGACGUGUAUGGGUUCACUAAUAUUCAGAAAUCCUUUCAGCACCCAAAUAUACCUGGCACUUUAGCAGAGUACACUGCCAUAGAAGAGAAGCUGUUGGCUCCGAAGCCCAAAAACCUGAGUUUUGCUGAAGCUGCUGGGCUACCUUUAGCCAUUGAGACUGCAUAUGAAGCCCUUGAAGAAAUUGGAUUUUCUGCAGGAAAAUCUAUUCUUGUCUUAGGAGGUGCUGGUGGGGUUGGCAGCUUGGUAAUUCAGCUGGCCAACCAUAUUUUUGGGGCAUCUAAAGUAGCAGCUACUUCAAGCACAGUGAAAUUGGACUUACUGAAGAAAUUGGGUGCUGAUUUAGCAAUUGAUUACACCAAGGAGAACUUUGAAGAUCUGCCUGAGAAAUUUGAUGCAGUAUAUGAUGCUGUUGGGCAAAGUGACAGGGCAGUGAAGGCAGUGAAAGAAAGUGGAAGAGUAGUGACAAUAACAGGCACUCCAAGCCCACCAGCUAUCCGGUUCAGGGUCACUUCAGAUGGAUCUGUUCUGGAGAAACUAAAUCCUCACUUGGAGAGUGGAAAGAUAAAGCCAGUGUUGGAUCCAAAAGGUCCAUUUCCAUUUUCUCAAACUGUGGAAGCACUUUCAUAUGUUCAGACUGAGAGAGCUACUGGAAAAGUGGUCAUAUAUCCAAUUUCAUGAAGAGAAUUGAUCAAAUUUUUAAGAAUAUGCAUGGACCCUCAGAAGUCUAGGUAGAGUCAUCUGUGUUUGCUGUUUUAUAUUCACAGUUGAGCUUAUUGUACAGUUUGCUUUUGUGAUCCAGGGUGUUAUCUAUGCAAUGUAAUAUACCAAUUAAAUAAAGGGUUUGUUU